CCGUUCUCCUGGGCGUCGGUCACCAGUAAGAACCUCCCCCCCAGCGGGGCCGUGCCCGUCUCAGGGAUCCCCCCACACGUCGUCAAAGCCACGCCCACAGCUCAGCCGAGGGCGGAGCCAAAGUCAGAGUACCAGACCACGACACAAAGACCCCAGAGAGACCAGAGACCACGAGAACAGAGACCUGGGGGACCCCCUCCUGCACACAGAGGGCCCAGACCAGUGAGAGAAGGUGAGCAGGGUGAGACCGAGGGGCGCAGGGUGGUCCGCUAUCCAGACACUCACCAGCUGUUUGUGGGAAACGUUCCUCAUGACGUGGACAAGGCCGAGCUSAAGGAGUUCUUCGAACAGUACGGGACGGUCCUGGAGCUGAGGAUCAACAGUGGAGGGAAGCUUCCCAACUUUGGUUUCGUGGUGUUUGAUGACUCUGAACCCGUGCAGAAGAUCCUCAGUAACCGG